UGCGUGGGCCUCCUACUACAGUGACCACAUGGUCCUACAGAGGGAACCUAGCCGUGCGGUUAUCUGGGGUUACGGUGACGUCGGCGCUAACGUCACAGUCUCUGUGUACCCCAGCGAGAAGGGGAAAGUCUACCAAUCGAUAGUGCAGACGGGUCCUGCGGGUAAGGGAGUGUGGAAGGUGACUCUAGACGCCAUGCCGGCGGGGGGACCGCACACCGUGGAGGCCGUGCAGACUGCUGCGGGGCAGAGACUGUCCUUGGUGCUGAAGGACGUGCUAUUCGGGGACGUGUGGCUGUGCAGCGGACAGAGCAACAUGGUUUUUACUAUGAAAUAUACUACCAACGCCAGUGCUGAGAUCGCCCGCGCUGCUGACUAUCCCCACAUCCGGCUGUUCACGGCUGACCUGGUGAGGUCUGACUCCCCGCUGUACGACUUACAGUCCAUCCUGCAGCCGUGGGCCGUGGCAAGUCCUGCUAAAGCUAAUACGAGGGUUCAGAAUAAACUUAACAAAACACCGUCCGUCCCAGAAAGCAUAUCGGGUCCGUCCAACGCCACCUUCAACCGGGGCUACUUCUCGGCGGUGUGCUGGUUCUUCGGGCGGGACCUGUACGACAACAUCACCGUGCCCAUCGGGCUGGUCGUGUCGGCGUACGGAGGGACUUGCGUCGAAGCCUGGUCCCCUCCGGAGGUCAUAAAGACCUGUAAUAUCACGUCUGACAUAAACAGAGUGGACAAAGCUAUCAACAAACCACCGGCCAGCCAUCUUGGAAUUGGUGAGGACAGCUGGGAAGCUGACGUCAUAGACAUAACAAACCACCCGCGGCUGCACAACUCUGCUCUCUGGAACGCCAUGAUUCACCCUAUUCUCAACAUGACUCUGAAGGGAGUCAUCUGGUAUCAAGGUGAGGCAAAUGCUGUGUAUAACGAGACCGAUGUUUACGGCUGCUUGUUUACUAACAUGAUCAGCACGUGGAGAUCUGGGUUCCAUCUGGGGUCCGGCAGACAGACUGAGUCGGUCUUUCCUUUUGGAUUCGUUCAGCUGUCAGUCAGUUCCACAGAGGACUUUCCCGAACUGCGCUGGAGCCAGACCAACGGUUAUGGUUCUGCACCCAAUCCCGACAUGCCCCGCGUCUUCAUGGCUGUGGCCAUGGAUCUAGAAAGGUCACAUGCAGCUGGUGUCCAUCCCCGGGACAAGCAGGACGUGGGGAGUCGCCUGCUGCUGGGGGCCCGUGCCGUGGCGUACGGGGAGGAUGUCGUCUUCCAGGGCCCGCUGCCUACUGCCGUGAAGGUCAGCUCAUCAGCGAACACCAUGGACGUGCUCUACAACAUGACUAUGGGCGGUACGCUCAGGCUGGAAGUUAGAAAUCCCGAUGGAUUUGAGAUUUGUUGCUCCAGUCAGGAGAAUAGCUGUGAACCGACUUCCUCCACGUGGAUGCCAGCAAAGAUUAUUGGUCACACUGAGAGCACGGUCACCGUCUCUACCUCCACGUGUGCCAAGCACGUGACGUCCUGGCGAUAUGAGUGGGCGCCGACUCCCUGUCUAUUCAAACAGUGCGCGAUCUACUGCCAGGAGACCCAGCUGCCGGCGCCGCCAUUCAAGGGGAAAGUUUCCUGAACAAUAAGAUAACCGGUAACACCACCUGUAUGGCUAGCAGCAGUUACUACAGGUGUUCAUUCACAUAAUUCAAUUACUUGCAAUACUGAAUGACACCCACAGUACAUUCUAGUACUUAUUUCUAGUUCUGAGAGCUGCUUAAAUCGACGGUGCAAUGGAAUGUCAAAACUCGCGUUGCUUUUAUC